AUGACAGAUAAAAGAAUUAGGGUUAGUUGGAAGUCGGAAUUGGUGGACAAAACUUUUUUGGAAGCAUGUAUACAAGAAUUAACAAGCAAUGGCCGGGAGGGUAGUGGCCUAAAAGCAAGCUCAUGGGUUGUGGUCGCGGAGAAAUUGAAAACAGAUCAUAAUUUUGUUGUCGAGAAAAAACAAAUGAAAAACCGAUACGACUAUUUAAAAGCAAAAUAUGCAGUGUGGUUAAAACUUAAAAACAAAACAGGAAAUAUUUAUGAUCCUGUAACGAAUUCUUUUAACAUGACUAAUGAAGAAUUGGAAGCAGAAGCGAAGUUGAACAAGUAUGUAGAUAAGCUGAGAAAUGCACCCCUCCCUUGCCCUAAACUUUGUACCCAACUAUUUGAAGGGGCGACCUCGACUGGUGUUCACAGUUGGGGGCCAUCUUCGACACUACCUCAUCCUAACGAAACCUUCAGUACACAUGAUUUUGAGGAUACAGAGAUGGAAGAGCCAACACCUCAUGCAGAUACCCCAAGCUCAACAGUACCUCAACCUACUAGUGAGGAAUCAUCUGGGCGGACAAAAAACAAGGGGGCAAACGAAAUGGCUGCACAAGCAUUCACAGAAGCAAAUAAUCUUGACAAGGAGAUGGAUGCUUGUAUGGCAAAGUUGACAAGCUUAGAGUGGGGAGAAUAUGAUCCGAAAUACACCACUGCUCUUAUGUUAUUUGCUGAAAGUGCUGAUAAAUAUUACCUUUGUGAUGUCGCAUACACCAACACCCGUGGAUUUAUGGCUCCAUACCGUAAUACUAGGUAUUGGUUAGCUGAUUUUCGAAGAAACAGAGCUUUAACAAAGAAAGAAAGGUUCAAUCAUGCUCAUGCACAACUUAGAAAUAUCAUUGAACGUGUUUAUGGUAUAUUGAAGGCGAGAUUUCCAAUUUUAAAACAAAUGGCUCCUUAUCCUUUUCCAGUGCAAAGAGACAUAGUCUGA